AUGGCCACAGCAACCCCCCAACAAAUAAAAUCCAUCCUCAAAAAAUACCCCUCCUACCCACCCACGACCUCCCCCUCCCAGCCAUCCAGCACCCCCCCUCCACCGCCCCCUCCCGAAUCCAAAACCUUCGAAGAGCGCAACCGUGAAAUAGCCCUCUACCAUGCCCAACUAAUCCAACAACGCAAAGACACCGAGCUCGAAAUCCUCCUCUCAACAGAAACACUAAUCGACUACCCUCUCUCCCGACCUCCCAUCUACACAGCCUCCUCGCCCUCUCCCACAGACACCAGGACGUUUAAGAAGCUCCUCGCGCCCUUCACUACAAGCGAUUAUGAUGCCCUGAUCGAGGAGCGGAAUAUCAACGAGCAUUGCGGGUACACGUUAUGUCCGAAUGAGCGGGUAAGGGAGAGAGGUGGGGGCACGUAUAGGUUGCUGGGGAUGAGUGGGAAGGCGAAGGAUUUCAGGGUUGUGAGGAAGGAAGAGUUGGAGAAGUGGUGUUCGGAGGGGUGUGCGAGGAGGGCGUUGUAUGUGAGGGUGCAGUUGAGUGAGACGCCGGCCUGGGAGAGGGGCGUGAGUGCGAGUGUGGGAAGGAGUAGGAUUGAUUUGUUGGAUGAGCCGAAGAGUGAAGAGGAUACGGUUAUGGAGGGGAUUGAAAGGUUGGAUUUGGACGGAGAUAGGGAUAGGAAUGGGGAGGGGAGUCAGAAGAAGGGGAGGGAGGAGAGUGAUUUGGCGCUCGAGAGAGGGGAUAGAGGGAUGGGUUCGAAAGGGGGACUGGUGGAUGUUAAGGUGUUGGAGAGGGAUGUUACGAGAAAGGCUGAACCGCCUACUUUGGGAGAGGAGGAUUUGAGUGGGAGGCUGGAGCAUUUGGCUCUUGAAGGUUAUACGUCGAAGUUUGAGGAUCAGAGAAAGACGCUACUAGAGAGAGAGCGUGAAACGGAUGAUGAUGAGAUGGACGAGGAUGAAGAGGAUACGGAUUGGAAGUUAUAGGUAUUACGAACAUCAUGAAGGCAUGCACAAGAUUAUGGGAUUACGGGGUUCUGGCGUUUAACGUUCUGAAAGAUUAGAAGUUGUGGCAUCGGCAUGCAAGUUACAAGCGGGUAUGACAGGAAAAGUAUAGCGUUUGUAAAAAUUUCAUUUGACAAUACUA